GCUGUGACUCGUCGCUGAACCUGACAUCUCAGAAAGCCACAAAUGCAGUGGACUAUAUCUUUCAGUCCCUCAGGGAUAUUGCAAGAGCUCGAAUGCACAUGAAACAGUUUAAUUCCAUACAUAAUCCAGGCAGCAACACCCUCCAGGCUUCUUACAAACCGCUGCUGAAGCAGAUAGUGGAAGAGAUCUGUAAUCCUGAUCGACCUGAUCCUGUCGAUAUUGAGCAUAUGUCAUCAGGCCUCACUGAUCUCCUUAAAACUGGAUUCAGCAUGUUCAUGAAGGUGAAUCGCCUUCACCCUGGUGAUCAUCCUCUUCUGAUCAUCUUUAUGGUUGGUGGAGUGACAGUAUCCGAGGUCAAAAUGGUGAAGGAUCUGGUAGCAGCACGCAAACCUGGUGCCCAGGUAAUUGUGCUCUCCUCUGCACUGCUGACACCACACAGUGCUGUUGAGUUGUUGUUUGCCACAGACCAUCUCAAGCCUGACACCAGUAUUUGA